UAUAAAUUCAGCUUCUCCUCUGGGAUCUGUUAGCAGACUCACUUGCAACUCCACCUCAGCAGUGUUCUCUCAGUACUCUCAAAGCAGGGAAAAAGUACUGUGAGCUCAGAAACAUGGCAAAGAACUCUCCAGAGAAUUGUGAGGACUGUCACAUUCUAAAUGCAGAAGCUUUUAAAUCCAAGAAGAUAUGCAAAUCACUUAAGAUUUGUGGACUGCUGUUCAGUAUUCUGGCCUUAACUCUAAUCAUCUGGUUUUGGGGGAGCAAGCACUUGUGGCGGGAGGCGCCCAAGAAAACCUAUGACAUGGAGCACACUUUCUAUAGCAAUGGAGAAAAGAAGAAAAUUUACAUGGAAAUUGAUCCCAUGACCAGAACUGAAAUAUUCAGAAGUGGAAAUGGCACUGAAGAAACACUGGAAGUGCAUGACUUUAAAAAUGGAUACACUGGCAUCUACUUUGUAGGUCUUCAAAAAUGUUUCAUCAAAACUCAGAUUAAAGUGAUUCCUGAAUUUUCUGAAUCAGAAGUGGAAAUAGAUGAGAAUGAAGAAAUUACCACAACUUUCUUUGAACAGUCAGUAAUUUGGGUUCCAGCAGAAAAACCUAUUGAAAACCGAGACUUUCUUAAAAAUUCAAAAAUUUUGUCCGUUUGUGAUAAUGUGACCAUGUACUGGAUCAAUCCCACUCUAAUAGCAGUUUCCGAGUUACAAGACUUUGAGGAGGAUGGUGAAGACCUUCACUUUCCUAUCAAUGGAAAAAAGGGCAUUGAACAAAAUGAGCAAUGGGUGGUCCCUCAAGUAAAGCUGGAGAAAAGCCGCCACACCAGACAAGCAAAUGAGGAAGAACUUCCAAUAAAUGACUAUACUGAAAAUGGAAUAGAAUUUGAUCCGAUGCUGGAUGAAAGAGGUUAUUGCUGUAUAUAUUGCCGCCGAGGCAACCGCUACUGCCGUCGAGUCUGUGAACCUUUACUAGGUUAUUACCCUUAUCCAUACUGCUACCAAGGAGGACGGGUCAUUUGUCGUGUCAUCAUGCCUUGCAAUUGGUGGGUGGCCCGCAUGCUGGGGAGGGUCUAAUAGGAAGAUGGAGUUCAAAUACUUAACCUUCUGUCAGCCAACAUAUAAUAGAUGCAUGCUAUUCAAUGAAUUUCUGCCUAUGAGGCAUUUAGCUAAUAGCCAGUUCUCCAGCAUUUACUUGUAGGUAAUUUCUCUCUUCAUGUUCUAAUAAACUUCUACAUCAUCA